UAGAAAGAUUGAGAAAAAGAGCGAAAGAGCUUCGAAGCCUUUAAACUUUGACUGCCCAUUAUAGGCUCCAGAACCCAAAAAAACAUAGCAGCAGCAGUGAAGCUAUUGAUGGUUCCUCUGCCACUACUGUUGCUGCUGCUCACAGGCUUUGAAACAAAGAAGGCAGUGGUUUGGCUUUCGCAGUAAUUUUUGAUAGCUGAAAGCGCUAAUUCAAAGACACAUGCAACAACAAUAGACUUCAUCACUUCACUCCCUUUCCCCUUUUUCUAAUCAUCUCGUCGGAAACAGAUCAACCUAAUAAUCGCAAUCUUUCUCUCUUAUCUUAUAUGGGAAUUAUAAGAGAGAAAGAGGGAAGGAUAGACACUGCACUGCUGCUAACUGGUCACAGGUUGGUAGGUAGAGUUUGUGGUUGAGAAAGAAGUUUUACUUGUAAAGACCUUACUCAAAACACUCAAUUAUUCACUCUCUCAAAAUCAAAGACCAAAGGAGAAAAAGUAAUGUAUAUAUAACAACAACUAAACAAUAUUUGGAGAGUGUUGAGGGGUUGGUGUGCUUUCCAUUAUGGAUGUUUAUGAAGCAACCAGAGUUGUGUUCUCUAGAAUCCAAAACUUAGAACCAGAAAAUGCUUCCAAAAUCAUGGGUCUACUGCUCAUUAAAGAUCAUGGCGAGAAGGAGAUGAUUCGUUUAGCCUUUGGUCCUGAAGCUUUACUUCGCUCAGUGAUUCUCAAGGCAAAAAAGGAGCUUGGUCUUCUCCCUAACUCUCCUUCUACACCUUCAACUCCAUCAUCUCCUUCUCCUUUUCUUGCAAACAACCCAAAUCCUGUUACUAUUUCAAGACAAAGCUCAUCCGCUUCCAGGCUUCUAAGCAACGGUGGAGUCAAUCUUCCAUCUUCUUUCACGAUUCCUACCCACCUGUCUACUUCUUGUAGUUCUUCGUGGAAUGCUUUAUCUGAUCUUCCAAGCCCUGAUGAGUUGAUAAGUCCAAGCAGUGGGUCUUUAAACCCUUCUUCUUUACCCUUCUACGGAAGUGGAGGAUCAAUUGAUAUGAUUGAUGAGUUACAACUUCAAGACCGACUAUCUUUUCUCAAUGAAAGCUCACCACAUCGUAACUCCAGAAGCCAUGAUUUCUUCUACCCGCAAGCAGCUGAUUUGUCCUCGAGUUCAGCUGCUGGUGCUUGUGGUAGCACUGACGCCAUGGGUUUCCCCUCAUAUUGUGGAAGCUCCUUUCACGGGAGGAGUAGCUCUGUGAGCGAUAUUUUGGGAGCUGAUGACCCGGCUUCAGGGUUUGGGUGGAGACCCUGCUUGUAUUUUGCUAGAGGGUACUGUAAAAAUGGGAAUAGUUGUAGAUUUAUCCAUGGUGCGCUUGGGGAGUCCGGUUCAAUGGUUGCUGGAGCAGAUGGCGCUACCGUGGUUGGGUCACCUAACAAGAUUGAGAUGAUGGACCACUGUCAUGAGUUACUUAGAUCUAAAUCCGCUCAGCAACAGAGGUUGGCUACUGCUUCUCAGCUCAUCGGUUCUGCUUCUUUUCCUUACUCCCCGAAGUGCAUAAAUUUGUUUCUCCAACAGCAACAAAAUGAUACUCAGAGGGCUGCUGCUGCCGCUGUGAUGGUGGGUGAUGAUAUGAACAAAUUUAACCGUUCCAGGCUUGAAAGGAACGGUUUUUCAAUAAACGGUGAAGCAGGAAUGGUUAACCCAGCGUCAAGACAGAUCUACUUGACUUUCCCAGCCGACAGCACUUUCAGAGAGGAGGAUGUGUCAAAUUAUUUCAGUAUUUAUGGACCGGUUCAAGAUGUGAGGAUACCAUACCAGCAGAAGAGAAUGUUUGGAUUUGUUACUUUUGUUUAUCCUGAGACCGUGAAGAUCAUUCUAGCUAAGGGAAAUCCUCAUUUUGUUUGUGACGCUCGUGUUCUGGUGAAGCCUUACAAGGAGAAAGGAAAAGUCCCGGACAAGUACAGGAAGCAGCAGCAGCUGCAAGUGGAAAGAGGAGACUUCUCUUCUUGUGGUACUCCAACUGGCCUUGAUUCCAGAGACCCAUUUGACCUUCAGCUUGGAGCAAGGAUGUUUUACAAUACCCAGGACACGUUAUGGAGGAGAAAGUUGGAGGAGCAAGCUGAUCUGCAGCAAGCCCUUGAGCUUCAAAAUAUAAGGUUGAUGGGUCUGCAACUGCAUGAUGUCAAGAAGCAUCACCAUCUCAGGGCUCUUUCUGCUGGAAGUUCCAUUCCUUCACCUACUUGCUCACCAAACCUGUUCAGCCUGUCCCUUGUACUUCCUCAAUUUCACAGCGGUCAAGAAGCUCCACAAGAGAAUUGUUCUAGCCCUGUGCCAGCUGUAUCUGCCACUGCUCCUGAGAAACAAGCAGCAAGUACUGGUGGUGCUGCUGCUGAUAAAGAAUCGGCUAAUACUGAAGAGAAUGGUCGUAGCAAGGAGAGCCCUCAUAGUGAAGAUGGUGAUCUGCCAGAAAGUUUGGAGCACAACCUUCCUGAUAGUCCUUUUGCUUCUCCUACAAAAGCCUCUGGAGAGUACUUGUCUGCUUUCUCCAAUGCAGAAGCGGAUAAGGAUGCCUCAUUCUUGGCUUGUUCUGUUAAUAAUAAUUGGGUUUCUCCAACUUUACUUCCUGCAAGUAAUGCAUUAGGCAUGGCAUCUUUCAACUCUUUCAACUGCCAAAAUCCCAGGUUCUCGUCUGGACAUGGGACCAUUGAUAUGUAUGCGGGCACUGGUGGCCCGACUUGCCCUGUUGGAAUUUAGCUUCCUAUACUCAGGACUGAAAGUACAACCAAACAAAAAGGAAAUUCGCAAUAGAGAUCUGUAGAGAACCGCCGUUACAAUAAGAACUACCUUAACCAAUAUCGUCGUCAUCAUCAAAUAAUAUACCACUUACUACCAUACAAAAUGCAUACGUAAAAGGCAGUGAAGAAAAUGGGUCAGCCAUUCCUUUCUGUUGUUGUAAAAUUGUUAUCUAUUGUUUCAGUAGUUGAGUUUGGACCACAGGUAAAAAGCACAGAAGAAAAAAAGGAUCACACGGUCGAUGUGUAGUUGUAACUACCCAUGAGCUGUAAUUUCUUCCCCUAACUUUCUCCAGCUCUGAUGGUUUCCCUGGAAGCAACUAGGCAGCCCGCAUUUAGUUUUUUAGUUUGUUAGGGUAUAAUCGCACUCUUUUUUUGUACGGCAUUGCAGAAGCAGGGAAACACCCACUGGUGUCUGCAUAGACGAUAGAGGGAAGGUUACAGACAUUAGUUAAAUCUCAGUCCAAAGUGUACCUUUAUGUAUUUGCUGCCGUUAUUUGUAGCCAGUUGCUACACUCAGUACAGUGUCAAACCCAUUAGAUUAUGACAUGAGACAGAUAAAAGAAAAAAAUUUACUAUUAAAAGCAUCAGAAUUCAGAAAGAGGAAAAGGAAAAGGAGUUGUAACUUCUAAUGUGAUUGAUGUCUUCUGUCUGAUUUUUCAAGUUUUAAUUAGUAUGAUACACGUUACUGGUACAAGAAUGUGUCUCAUUGUUAGAGUCUCUCCUGCAAAUGCAAUAGUGGAUUAUUGAUUGGGUGGGGUCAUUGCGGCCUUUAUGUCGCCGUUCAUUGAGGGGAAACAGGGUGGGUGGCUGACCUGACACAAAAGAAAUGGAUUCUACUUUCGUUGUAAUAGUAACUGUAAUAACAUAUAUGUAAGUGCCAGGUUGUAAGUGGGUCCUACCCACCCAUGUGACUGACUCAGUAAUGCCUCCUUUUUUCUGUGCUCCGUACUUCCUCCUUGCCGCAAAGCAAUACAUUAUUAGCAAUUUAGCAUAGAAAAUUAAGCAUGGGCCCUUCCCUCACUCUUUAGGCAUCUGUUUUACAGGACUCCGGAGAAAAGGACAUUCCUUAGAUCUUAAAGUAAGAUUUGAACGUGAUGCCACACGUAUGACAAAAGGGCAUUUCCCACUCGGUGGAAUCUUUGGGGUUGUGUGAGUGUGUG